CCCGUUUGGCAGCAUUUUAGCGACUUAAGCUGAACCCGGGGCUCUGCGUGCGUAGUGUGUGGCCCCCCGCACUGAUGCUGUCUCAGAGCUUGAAGUUCCGGAAUUUCUUUAAGAUGGCGCCAUGUACCCGCGCCUCAUCGCAUUCGCCAAAGAUCGAAUGGUGAUCUAUCUGUACCACGCUGUCGGUGUUGAAGAUCUACCCGCUCCGACUCUCAAUUCUAUGCCUUUCGUCAUCUCGAGCACUCUGAAUAUAAGGGAAUGCCGUAUGGCCUGAGAUGAAUCAAAUAUUGCUGAGUGGACUUUUGAAGGUCGAAUUACCUUGUUAUUUGAGUCAUUGGGUUGAUUCAACGAGUUGAUUCAUGCCCAUGAUUUCUUGGUUUAUUUAGCUUUUGGGGUUGCCAUCACAUCCUGUUCAACAGAGUAUCAUCAUAAUUAUGUCCGAGAAAGAAUCGAGUACGCCGGCGAGCAAUAGCCUUCGAAUGAUGGAAGAAGGGGCUCCACCGCAAGGACCACCAAUACUCGGCCCUCCAGGAGCACCAAAUGAACCUAUCCUACCAAAAUGGCGGCUCAUCUGCUUAUUCGUCUCAGUCUGUUUUGGGCUUUUCCUCUCCCUCAUUGAUACAACCAUCGUAGCGACAGCGCUCUUUACGAUUGGCGAGGAUCUGAAAGCCAUAGGAUCUAUCAAUUGGGUCGCACUCGCAUACACCCUCAGUUAUCUUGGCUGUGCAGUUCUCUUCGCUCGAAUGGCAGACGUCACCGGACGGAGAAACGCCUACGUCGCAGCAUUCAUCAUCUUCUUUGCCUUUUCACUAGGCUGUGGCUUCUCUCAAACACUCCACCAGCUCAUCGCUUGUCGAGUCUUGCAGGGAAUCGGAGGAUCGGGACUUUACUCACUUGCUUUUGUGAUCAUUCCUGAAAUUGCUCCUCAGCCGAAAAUGCAGCAGCUUACCGGUGCUGUCAUUGGUGCUGUAGUAGCUAUAGCUGGAGUUUUGGGACCAGUGGUAGGAGGAGCGAUUACUCAUGGGACGACAUGGCGUUGGAUAUUCUGGAUCAACGCCCCAAUUGGCAUCAUCCCACUCAUAGCUUUUAUCAUCGCUUGGCCAAAACCGCAUCAGAUUCAUCAUCCGGAACGACGAUCGUUAAAACAGCUCGAUUUCCUAGGAGCAGGUCUCAUUAUCGCGGCUUCGGUGCUCGUCGUCUUUUCUUUCCAAGAAGCAGGACUCAGAGCCGAUGUAUGGAACAACGCAAUCUUUAUCGCACCCCUAGUAGUUGGAAUAAUUCUGUGGAUCGCUCUGUUUGGGUGGGAAGUUGUAGCUGCACGGAAAUGGGAGUCUACACUUAUGACUAUGUUUCCACUUCGACUCAUUAAACGGCGAGUAUUUAUGGGACAUUUCGUCACGACGUUACUUGCUGGGUUCCCUUAUUUUAUGGUCAUCUACUCUUUGCCACUUCGGGUCCAGGUUGUGAAUGGAAGGAGUCAACUUACUGCUGGUGUGUCAUUGAUGCCUAUGUUGGGAGCUGUGGCUGUUGCUAGCACGGUGUCGGGGAUGGUCAAUAGCAAGAAGGACUUUAUUUUUAUUACAUUACUCGCCGGGGCGAUUCUCAUGACCAUUGGAACCGCAACUCUUUCGAGUCUGGAGAAUGUUGUAGCUCUACCGGCAAAGAUGUAUGGAUUCCAAGUUUUUGUUGGUCUGGGCUUCGGCUUGAUGGUGUCAACUGUCUCCAUGGGCGCGAGUCUAGAAUGCGAGCUUAAAGACAGAACCGUUGCCCAAGGAAUUGUCGCCCAAUCUCGCGUCCUCGGGGGCAGUAUCGGCAUCGCAGCUUCCACUGCUAUCCUCGGGAUUCACCAAAACAGCCAGCUGAUCAAAACCCACAUCGUCACGUCCUUUCAACUUGAAACUCUUCAAAACUCCGUUCGAGAUAUGACGCCUUUUCAGCUUUCGGCUGUCCGACAAACAUAUUCCGACUCCUUCAGCGAGAGUAUGAAAGUCUGCGCCGCUAUUUCGGGAGCUUGUGUUCUGGCGACGCUACUCACGUUUCGAAAACAGAAGAUGGAUAUCAUGGGGAGAAGGAAGGAACAAUUUAUUGAUAACAUGAAGUUCGUUGCUGCGCAGAAACAGAAAGCUGCUGCUGUGAAGGCAGCUCCGGCGUCUAAAAGUUAAAGUGUGGUGUGGCAUAUUUCUAUCUAUUUUGCAUGCAGGUUGGAUGGAGUUCUGUAGCAUCAGCGUUGGCGUUUGGGUUUCAUUUGGAGUUAGGUGGGAUGCUGGUAUACCCAAGCUACGAAAUUUAUGAAGGGAUGUAUUUACAGAAGGUAGAUUGUGGAUAGGUAUGGUACAUGCUACAUUCUUGGACUUUGCGAAACUUCCUCGAGCUCAGAUCCAAGUCGUACAUUGAAGAUGAUGGAAACUCCGGCCUAGCCCCGACAAUUUCUAUGGAGUUGGCUGAAAGACCACAAUCCCAGCUCAUUCUUUGGUGUUGAC